UACACAUCCACAUCCACAAACUAUCAGAAUUUAAGUCCGCAUAAAGAGACACCGCAACUUUCUUUCUUCUUCAUUCACUUCUCUCAACGCCAAAUUUGCAGACUUUCCCAGGACGAAAACUAAAAAAGAUCCUUUUUUUUUCUUAACAGUCAAUUCUCUAACAAAACAUUCUCCCAUCAUUCUUUCCAUCUUCUAUGCUCUGAUCAGAAAACAGAACACAAGACAAAGAAACUCACUUUAGCUUUGUCUUUAAAUUCUGAUGUUCGAAUUAUUGUUGUUGAUGAUGAAUCUGAUGAUGAAUUGAUGAUGAUGAUUGUUUGAUGCAGAUGGGUUUUAAGAAUUUUCAACCUUUUUCUUAAAAAUUUCUGUAGAUCAAAAAGCUUAAAACUUGUUCAGAAAUACUAGAGACAACAGAAUUUGCAGAUAAUCUUGUGUUUAUAAUGGAUGCUACAACUAGUGGAACUCCGGGAUUACAGUAUCUUAACUUACCGGAGCAACCGGUUCCGACUGCUUCUCCUCCUGUGUCACCAUUUCAGAGGCCAAAACGACAUUGCUUUGGUGACUCAACUCCUGGAGAGUUUCCUUUAGCAGCUAAUCCGUCCAUUGUCCUUCAUGUUCUCACUGAAUGUAGAUUGGAUCCUCGUGACCUCGCUAAUCUCGAGGCAACAUGCUCGUUCUUUAGCCAGCCAGCAAACUUUGCCCCGGACAUUAAUCUAUCACUAUCGGAGCUCGCUGCUCUCGACAUGUGUAAUAAAAGGGUGAUUUUCAAGCCGAUGAAUGAAGAAGAACGUCAAGAGAUGAAACGUAGAUGCGGUGGAUCGUGGAAAUUGGUCCUUCGGUUUUUGCUGGCUGGUGAAGCGUGUUGUCGAAGAGAGAAAUCUCAAGCAGUUGCUGGUCCUGGUCAUAGUAUCGCAGUCACAUCAAAAGGCGAAGUUUAUACUUUCGGAUAUAAUAACUCUGGACAGCUAGGACAUGGUCAUACUGAGGAACAAGCUCGAAUUCAACCUGUUAGAUCAUUGCAGGGAAUUCGAAUCAUCCAAGCAGCUGCUGGUGCUGCUCGGACAAUGCUAAUAAGCGAUGACGGAAAAGUUUAUGCGUGCGGAAAAGAAUCAUUUGGGGAAGCUGAAUACGGAGGGCAAGGGACUCAACCAGUUACAACUCCUCAGCUUGUAACAUCUUUAAAGAACAUAUUUGUUGUGCAAGCGGCUAUCGGAAAUUACUUUACCGCUGUGCUCUCCCGAGAAGGAAAGGUUUAUACAUUCUCGUGGGGCAACGACGGUAGACUAGGACACCAAACCGAGGCUGCGGAUGUUGAGCCCCGUCCUUUGUUAGGCCCACUCGAGAAUGUACCCGUUGUGCAGAUUGCUGCUGGUUAUUGCUACCUUCUUGCCUUAGCUUGUCAACCAAAUGGAAUGUCUGUUUACUCGGUUGGUUGCGGUUUGGGAGGCAAACUUGGUCAUGGGUCAAGAACGGAUGAGAAGUAUCCUCGGGUUAUCGAGCAGUUUAAGAUAUUGAAUCUUCAACCUAGGGUAGUUGCAGCGGGUGCUUGGCAUGCUGCGGUGGUAGGUCAGGACGGAAGAGUGUGCACUUGGGGUUGGGGAAGAUACGGAUGUUUAGGGCACGGUAACGAGGAGUGUGAAUCAGUCCCUAAGGUUGUAGAAGGGCUAAACCAUGUCAAGGCGGUUCAUGUCGCAACAGGCGAUUACACUACUUUUGUGGUCUCAGACGAUGGUGAUGUUUAUUCGUUUGGUUGCGGCGAAUCCGCUAGCCUCGGUCACCAUCCCUCCUUUGAUGAACAGGGUAAUCGACAUGCAAACGUGCUAAGUCCAGCGGUAGUAACAUCGCUGAAACAAGCGAACGAGCGGGUGGUUCAGAUUAGUCUAACGAACUCUAUAUAUUGGAACGCUCAUACGUUUGCGCUCACGGAAUCGGGGAAGCUAUAUGCGUUUGGUGCAGGCGAUCAGGGUCAGCUUGGAGCAGAGCUUGAUAGGAACCGAAAAGAAAGGUGUGUACCGGAAAAAGUGGAUAUCGAUCUCAGCUAGUGAACUUAGUGGUCUAGUUGGCAAGAACUGCGAUUGACAUCAAGCAAAAAAAACGCAAGAAAAAUUGCGUUUGCUAUUUAUGUUCAUAAGACUUGGAAGCUUGUACAUAAAGUUAAGGAACUUGUCUUUAACAUUUCAUUGUAUAGGUUUUAGAUUAUUCUAAUUGUUCAUUGUUCAAGUUUUAGGUUAUGUUGUUAAUAAUUGUCAAAUAAUUUCAUUAAAUCAAUUAAUUGUCAGAUUCAAUUUCUA